AUGGGCGCGCGCCAUGAUUACGGCCCGACACGAUCGGCAUCGCCCGGGAACGAGCUGAUGAUGAAUGUGUGCAAGACAUUGAGUCUGGAUGCGCAAAAGGCACAAACAGGUGUGUUACCAGCUCCGUAG